CCACACGCUGCAAAGUGUUUGAGAUUCCGUCAGAUUUUACCAGCAAUGCCAAAACUGUCCUCAAACGGCAGUCCGAGCGUCGGCUUUUUGGUCUCUCCCCGUCCAAAGAGACGGGUGUCUGGCUGGAAGCGGCAGCCUGGUGGCGCAGCACAUCCCGCCCCUCUUCGCGCCUCCACUUGCGGAACUUACGAGAAACCACUUCCACCCGGUUAGCCCGUUGCCUCCGUGCGAGUGAAUCGACCGCCGCGCCGCCGCGCUUCCAAAAACCUUCUUAAAACAGUCCAGUCGGCUGGAAACCGGACGCUUCGACAUGCACAUCAAAACAGGAACCUGGGAGGCGAAUAAUGCUGUGUGUGAACCUGACCCCUUGUGCGACCCUGCUGUCCUCGUCUCGGCCCCCAAACCGGUGCCGCACAUCCGGAACCGUCGACUCUCCCCUGGAUCUGGCAGCUGUGGUGGGGGUGGUGGAGGAGGAGGGUGUGCCACAGGGGUGGACAAACAGUCCACUCGUCAGACUUCAUCAACCAGCUCCAAUGAAAGCGCCACACACAGAACUGGCCACGCGCAGGUCUUCACCUCCAGCUUGCACAGGGAGCAGCGGGCACACAACAGGGGUUACAGGGGCUCUCGACAAGAGGGAGUCAGCCUGGGCGCUCGUGCUGUGGAAAAAGCCCUCCGAGCCACACAGGCCCACACACAGAAGGAACGGUGGGUGGGGGACACUUUGUCAUCUCUCAAACCCCCACCAGCCUUCCCAGUGAAGGACAGCCCUGCCAAGCUCCAGCCUGCCGUCAGCUAUGCCUCUAAAGUUAAGGCAGGUGGAGCUGCUGGCGUUGCAGAAGAACCGCCAGGUAUCAAGGUGCUAUUGCAGAACCAGUGGGGGCUUAGUUUCAUCAACGAUGGCCCAGCAGUAGAAAACGCAGCUUCAGCUGCGCCUCAGGCUACACCAGAGAUGAGUCCAGCUGCAACCCCACACCCUGUAGCUGGAGAGGUGACUGAUGGAAAUCUAGUCCUCUCGUUCUCUGCAUCUUCACACAUCCAGUGCUCUAAAGGACCUGAGAAUUCUGAGGAGCUGCUGCUUAGCUGUCACCAUCUAGGGGAGGCUUUGGAGUAUCAUACGCAAGAAUGGAGUGCAGUACUGCGGGAACAGAAACAAGAUCCUGCAAAGGUGGUUUGGUACAAGGACUCCUUGUAGUGGUGUACCCAGCAUGCACCUGCAGCUCCUCAGCCGCCACACACACACUCCACUCCAUAAAUAUAAUCGUUCUUAGCAAACUUAAAUGACACUCAGGUUGUUCUUCCUACACAGUCUACUCAUUGCACUCACCUUCCCCCUGAACUCUCCACCCAUGUAAAGAAAGAAAACGAUGUCUCGAAUGCAUGGUUGCCUUAAAAUCAAGCCUUUGGUGUGGAGACCUCGCCCCACAUCGUUUCGUUUUAUCAUGGUAAACACCCUGUUUACUUUUUUUGAGCAUAUGUCCAUAAAGAUCUGGCAAUUUUAUUGUAAAAAGCUGUAAUUUUACUUGAAAUUUAAGGGGGAAAAAAUCCUAAUUGAUGUACGUCGCCUGUCAAGCACUUUCGUACUCCCAUUGAACGUGUAUGUCUGUUUGGACCAUCGUUUUUUCCCCACAUAUUACCUUUAAUCUUUUCGUUUUUUUUUUCUUUUUUUCUUGUCAUCCCGGCAUCUCCACACCAAUCAUGUGCAUACUUUUCUGAUGGCGUUUACACGGCUGCACGAUGCUGUGCCAGCAUCCUGUUCAAAUGUCUGUUCUUAUUGCUGAUUUUAAAACAUUUUUUCACCCUAGUUUGAAAGCCGAACUCAGUGGGGACUUUUUUUUUUUUAAGGGGGCACUGGAAGAGAUUUAGAGAUUUUAAUUGAAGUGUUGCAUAAUAAAAAAAUCUUCUGUAAGGUUUUUA